AUGCACUGCAGCAUAGUCAACAUACCGACCCGGAUCGCAGCCUUCUGGAGUCAAACAAGUGUUUGUCAGACCAAGUUUGGUCUCAGAGUGUUCUGGUUGCACGGAGGCACUCAACUUGACAAGACCACAGAGCGAAUUGCAAAUCUUCAAGGGACUGCAAAGGCCUGGUGUGAAUCGGAAGUGAUCUCUCAGAUGGGUGUCAAUCUUUGA